AUGGGAUCACCUGCAACCUCCUUAUUUUUCCUGCUCAUCUUCGUAGCUCGUCUGGUCUCAGUUCAGGGGUCUGGAGAGUAUUGUCACGGAUGGUCCGAUUCAUACAACAGCUGGCACCGCGGUUUCCAGUGUCCGGAGCGCUACGACGGUGAGGAGGCGCGUUACUGCUGUGGCACGUGCGCGCUGCGUUACUGCUGCACAUCUGUAGAAGCAAGACUAGACCAAAGCACAUGCGACGUGGAUCAGAAUCAUGAUUCUGAAAAUGAAGACAAAAUUAGGAAAAUGAUCCCGAACGUGCCCAUGUACCUGCCCUUUGUGAUUGUUGUGAGUGCCUUCCUGUCCUUCGUGCUGAUGGGUUUGCUGGUGUCAGUGUGCUGCUGUCAGUGCCUGAAGCCCAAAGCGGCCGAUCGGCAGCCGGGCCCAGUGCAGGCCCAGACCGGCCUGUUAGCAUCUGGUACCUCAUCUCCAGAAAGCUCCACGCCAUCCAGAAGCUCCAGCUCCGGUGCCGCGCCCCAGCUGCCCGCGGCGGACGUGGCCGUGAGCGUGUUCGGCCCGGUGGGAAACCUGCUCCCCGCACCUCCACUGCAGCACUACUCCCCUCACGCACAGGGCCCCGCCCCGUUUUACCCACCGUACCUCGGCUAUGCCCUGCCACCUGACCACACCCUGCUAAUGGGCCCGGCGUUUAUCGACAGUCAGACUCCGUUUGGGGAGGCGCAGGGCCAGGCCUUUGCUCCAGCGGCCGUGCACAUUGAGUCGGUUUAUCGCGGUGUGUCCAUCUGA